AUGAACGGAUCCCUGGGCCGAGCGGCGGCGGCUCUGCUCCGCUGGGGGCACAGUGCGGGCGGCGGCGGCCUGCGUCGGGCGGCCAGCUCGGGUGGCCGCUCGGCAGAGCAGCUGGACGCGCUGGUGAAGAAGGAUAAGGUGGUGGUCUUCCUCAAGGGGACGCCGGAGCAGCCCCAGUGCGGCUUCAGCAACGCCGUGGUGCAGAUCCUGCGGCUGCACGGCGUCCGCGACUACGCGGCCUACAACGUGCUGGACGACCCUGAGCUGCGGCAAGGCAUUAAAGACUACUCCAACUGGCCCACCAUCCCGCAGGUGUUCCUCAACGGCGAGUUUGUGGGCGGCUGCGACAUUCUCCUGCAGAUGCACCAGAAUGGGGACCUGGUGGAAGAGCUGAAGAAGCUGGGGAUCCGCUCCGUCCUCUUGGAUGAGAAGAAGGACCAGGAGGCCAAAUGA